AUGCCCGCUGAAAGGCGUUCUCUCAGGUCCAACAAGUCGGACCCCUCCGCCAACGGAGAGAAAGCUCUUUCAUCCUCCCAGAGCUCCACCUCCAACUCAAAAGACAAACCCGCUCCCGCCACCAGAUCAUCAGUCCGGAGUAAGACCGUAGCCGGCAAAAAGGGUUCCACCACCUCCAGCUCCCCAAACAACGACAUGACCGCUGAUGAGAAGCCUCAUACUAAUGGCUCUGAAUCCGUGGAGAAUCGUGUCAAUGGGACGGGAGAUGUGGAGAUGGCGGAUGAGGCUACCACCAAAGGCUCUGCUGAGCAACAGCAGCAGCAGCAGCAACAACAACAACAACAACAACAACAACAACAACAACAACAACAACAAGCUACACGUGACGGAGGUGACGGAGAUGAGGAGAUGACUGUCGUGGUACCUCCAUCCAAGAGCUCUAGGUUGUCUGGAGAUCCGGAUCAGAAUAGAACGGAUGUUGCCAUGAAUAGAGCUGAAGAAGACGGCGGUGAUGCCUCGGAGAUUGAGAUGCAAAUCGCUCCCAGAGACAAGGCCUUAUCAGAUAUCAAAAGCAAUUUCUCCCUGCUUGAACGGGCCGUUUCCCAUUUUGAUCCACGUUUUACAUUGCGAGUCUUGAGGACGAUAUCGUCAAUGCGGAAACAUCUCUCCGCCGAUCUUCUCGUCCAGGUCAUAGUAGAGACAUACCUCCCCUCGGAUUCAAUGGCAUCCUUCCUACUCGCAUCUUUAGACAGGCAGUCGGCUUUCGCGGAUGCUCCCACAGAUUCCUCAAUGGAUAUCGAUAGUGAUGCCAAGUUAUCAGCAAAGACCGGAACUGCUGCUGCUGCUGCUGCUGCAGUUGCUGUGCGAGAGGUUCUUCCAGAGGUCGACAUCUACCUCUCCAUUCUCAUUCAGAUAUAUCUUUACGACAAAAAGGAUAUCGAGCGAGGUGCAAGCUUCUCCAGCAGCCUAGUGAAUCUAUUGCGAACAAUGAACCGAAGGACUCUGGAUUCCUUGGCUGCCCGUCCGCAGCGUGUCAUCUCCAUCCGCCAGCCCCUGCUCUCAGCUCUGAGAACCGCAGUCCUUCGCAAAGACCAAGAUAUCCAGGCCACCGUCACCACCCUCCUCCUUCGCAACUACCUCUCCACCUCCCACGUCUCCCAAGCAGACCUAUUCAUCUCCCGUUCGGAAUUCCCCCCAGCGGCCUCCAACAACCAAAUCGCCCGCUAUCUCUACUACCUUGGAAGAAUCCGCGCCAUCCAACUGCAGUACACAGAGGCCCAUGAGCACCUAAUCGGCGCCACCCGCAAGUCCCCUUCAACGCACACCGCCGGCGGCUUCUACCAAGCAUCCACCAAGCUCCUCAUCGUCGUCGAGCUGCUAAUGGGUGAUAUUCCCGACCGCUCAAUUUUCCGCCAACCUGCCCUCGAGCGCGCCAUUCAUCCUUACUUCAUCCUCGUGCAGGCAGUCAGCAUCGGAGACCUGGACGGCUUCGUCAACACCGUGCAGAAGCACAACUCCACCUUCCGACGAGACGGCACGUUCACACUCAUUCUACGCCUGCGGCAGAAUGUUAUCAAGACGGGGAUCCGGAUGAUGUCGCUGUCGUACACGCGCAUCUCGCUGCGGGAUAUCUGUCUGCGUCUCGGGCUGGAUAGCGAGGAGUCGGCAGAGUAUAUUGUUGCCAAGGCCAUUCGGGAUGGGGUGAUUGAGGCAUCGUUGGACCAUGAGCGUGGGUUUAUGAAGAGUAAGGAUGUUGGGGAUGUGUAUGCGACGGCGGAACCGGGGGAGGUUUUCCAUGAGCGUAUCCGAUUUUGCUUGAACCUUCAUGAUGAGAGUGUUAAGGCCAUGCGAUUCCCGAUGAACCAACACCGCAUCGAGUUGAAGAACGCGCAGGAGGCGCGGGAACGCGAGCGGGAACUCGCCAAGGAGAUUGUCGAGGGGGACAUGGACGAUGACGAUGCCGGAGGGGAUUUUGAUGGGAUGUAG